GUUCCUACUAAGUUACCUCGCAACUUAGUGUUCCGAUCACCGACCAAGUUCCCAACUUGGUGCCAACUUGCUCACCAAGUUCCGACCGAGUUGCAACUCGGUGCGCGUCACGUGCGCCAAGUUACCUUCUGCCAAGCUUACCCCGCAUGGGUCCUUUGCGCAGCCUCGUCCUGUAUCUCUGUGAUCAGUCGCAUGAUCUCUUGUUCUGACUGGUUCAUAACACUAGGGGCCCGGAAAUGGGCCUUCCGUGGCAGGGAUGCGCUCACUCCAGCACAGCCACAGCUUAGGCUGGAGCAUGAGCAGCUCAGUUCCCUGAACGGGAAAGGAAAUUACUUGGGUGCACAUUGGGAUAUUGUACUACCUGUAUCCGAAUCCGAAGACAGCAAGUCCAAUUAUGGGGACCAGCUAGAAUAUCCCGGCCUGACAAGACCAGCCAUACCAGAACAGCCCAAUUGACGCUGACGGACCUGCUAUUAUCAUCAUUGGAAGCGCAUGUUGUG